AUGAGCGCCGGCCAGACUGUAAUCUUGGACACAUCCGUAGGCUCGAUCGAAAUCGAAUUGUAUACACGACACGCUCCAAAGACAUGCAAAAACUUUUACGAGCUUUCUAAGCGAGGAUACUAUGAUGGCGUCAGCUUUCAUCGCAUUAUCGAGAACUUUAUGAUUCAAGGUGGUGAUCCUACUGGUACUGGUCGUGGAGGAACAUCAAUCUACGGUGAUAAGUUUGAGGAUGAGAUCCAUGGCGAAUUGAAGCAUACGGGUGCCGGUAUUCUUAGCAUGGCCAACGCAGGUCCCAACACCAAUGGAUCACAGUUCUUUAUCACUUUGGCACCAACGCCUUGGCUUGAUGGCAAGCACACCAUUUUUGGCCGAGUAAGCGAUGGUAUGAAUGUUGUAAAGCGGAUGGGAUUGGUACCUACAGAUAAGAAUGAUCGGCCCAAGGAUCCUGUUCGUAUUAUCCGUGCUCGGGUAGAAGAGUAA